AUGGCUUCCGACCAAGAGCGGGAGCACGCUCUCCAGAACCUCCGUGCCAAACUCAUCGAGUCGCGGGAAUGGGAAGCAAAGCUCAAGGGCCUCCGACAGGAGAUCAAGGGACUCGUUAAGGACUUUGACCAGACAGAGGAGAAUAUCAAAGCUCUGCAAAGCGUGGGACAAAUCAUUGGAGAAGUGCUGAAGCAGCUGGAUGAGGAGAGAUUCAUCGUCAAAGCCUCUUCAGGUCCCCGCUAUGUCGUCGGUUGCCGCUCCAAGGUCGACAAGGCCAAGAUGAAGCAAGGAACCCGUGUCGCGCUCGACAUGACGACUCUCACAAUUAUGCGCAUGCUUCCCCGCGAGGUCGACCCUCUUGUCUACAACAUGUCAUUGGAGGACCCCGGCCAAGUCAGCUUUGCCGGUAUCGGUGGAUUGAAUGACCAGAUCAGAGAGCUGCGUGAGGUCAUUGAGCUGCCGCUCAAGAACCCCGAGCUCUUCCUUAGAGUAGGCAUCAAGCCGCCAAAGGGAGUUCUGUUAUACGGACCGCCCGGAACAGGCAAGACGCUACUCGCAAGAGCCGUGGCCAGCAGUUUGGAGACAAAUUUCCUAAAGGUCGUCUCUUCGGCCAUUGUGGACAAGUAUAUUGGUGAAUCCGCAAGGUUGAUUCGAGAAAUGUUCGGCUAUGCCAAGGAGCACGAGCCCUGUAUCAUCUUCAUGGACGAGAUUGACGCCAUCGGUGGACGACGAUUUUCCGAGGGAACGAGUGCGGAUCGUGAGAUUCAGCGUACGCUGAUGGAACUGCUCAACCAGCUCGACGGUUUCGACUAUCUGGGCAAGACCAAGAUCAUCAUGGCUACCAACAGACCCGACACCCUCGACCCGGCUCUGCUGCGUGCCGGUCGUUUGGACCGAAAGAUUGAGAUCCCGCUGCCCAACGAGGUUGGUCGGCUCGAGAUUCUCAAGAUUCACUCGCAAAGUGUCGUGACGGAUGGCGAAAUCGACUUUGAGAGUGUAGUCAAGAUGAGUGACGGUUUGAACGGUGCCGAUUUGCGGAAUAUCGUAACAGAGGCGGGUCUAUUCGCCAUCAAGGAUUAUCGUGAUGCCAUCAACCAAGACGACUUCAACAAGGCAGUGCGUAAGCUGGCUGAAGCCAAGAAAUUAGAAGGCAAGCUUGAGUACAAGCAGCUGUAA